AGCUGAAAAACUAAAAACCCUUUGUACAAUUCUUUUUUUUCAUUGUUGAAAAUGUCAACAGAAUAUAGUAGAAGUGUUUUAAAAAUGGUCGUCGCACAAAUUUGUCAAACAAUUGGAUGGCAUUCGAUUAAUUCUACGCCAUUAGAAUUUAUGGUGGAUCUUAUGCAAGAAUACAUUUUACGACUUGCAAAACUAACGCAUCAGUAUGCAGAAAUUUUGGGAAGGACCGAAGCAAAUCUUGAUGACAUGGGUUUAGCCUUUCAGCAUAUGAAUAUUGAUGUACAAGAAUUGGCAGAGUAUAUUAAAAAUGUAGAUUCCGUGCCAUACCCUAUAGCAGUACCUAAAUUUCCAAUUCGACGUGAAAAUCAUUUAAAUUUUCUUAAACCUGGAAGUCGAGAAGUUGUAACAAGACCAGUGCACGUACAUGAACAUUUACCAGCUAUGUAUCCUGGUACUGAAGAAGAGUACAUAACAGAAAAAACUGAAAACUUAAUGAAUGGAUCAUCUGAUUUGACAUCAAGUAAUGGAGCAUCAGCUAAUAAUUCUAUGAAUAUGUCUCCUCAUAGAAUGUCUCCACAAGUUGUUUUUAAACGUCCUGGAGAUCCUGUGUCAUUUGAAAGUCCUAUAGUAAAACGUGUAAAAGUAUUAGAAGAAGGCAGACCAUUGCGUGAAAUUCACAGUGUAAUGAUGACCACAUCUGGUUUUUUAUCACCUGCUCGAGAAGGCAAACUGCCUGAAGCAAGAACACCACAUCAGACUCGCUCAGAUUCACCGCAGCCUAGUUCUUAUCCAAUGGUACCUCCUGAACUGAAAUAUGACAAGAAACCGAAAAAGAUCAUAAAGAAAGGUUUGGAAGAUGGUAAACUAGACAAAGAAAACAAGAAAAAGAAUCGUGCGAAAGAAUUAUUUAAGCCGAACAAGGUAGACGAUAAUAAAAUUAAAAAACUGGCUGGCAUGAAAGAAUUAGCCAAAUUAAAACCUUUAAAGCCGGGUGGUGGAAAAUCACAAAGCACUGCACAAGGUUCUUCUAGUAGACCGUCUACUCCAAAAUUAAUGUCACCUAAGACAACUGGUAGUCCGAAAUUAACAAAAAAAUCAGAACCCAAGGCUAAGACCGAAAAAAUAAUUGACCUCACUGGUGGGUCUCCACCAGUGGAAAGGAAGGAAGAGAACAUUGAUAAACUUCCAUCAGAACCAGAUAAACAAAAAUUGAACAUUUUCAAGAAGAUUUCGAAACCACGAGAGGAUAAAGAUAAAGAUACAUCAGAACAACAUAAGUACAAGGAGCUUGAUUCAAGAGAGAGUUCUCCAGGUUUGAUAAUUGAUGAAAACACCGAUAAGCAAGCACUUCGUAAUGAUAUUGAGAUAAAGCACGAGGAGAAAAAGGCUCCGCACACGCCAGACGUACAUCUUCAAUCCGAUGCAGGAGAAUUAAUUGAUUUACAAAGUCCAGGAUCAGAUGUUUAUAUGUUCGAUGACAUGUCUCCGCCAGGAACUCCAAGCACUCCGAGAACUCCAGAGCUAAACAUGCCGACAACACCUACGGAUCAUAAAAAGAAGAGAAAAGAAAAGAUCAGCAAAAAGAAGGAAUUAAAGUCAAGAAGCCCAAAACAUUGUGGCAGUCCAAAAAAGACAAAGCUUUCCAACGACUCGGCAGAGGUGGAUAUAUUAGAUCGACCUAAAACUCCACAAGCACCAGAACCACAACUUUCCAAAGAGCCAAGUUUUCCACCUACACUUCCUUUCCCUUUUUUCUCGGCGUUUCCACCAGCCCCCGGUUUAAUACCGCAUCCUAUGUUUCCCAGAUUUCCAUUACCUUUAGGAAGGGGUGGUCCCGGUCCUCAUCCAGCAAUGCCAAACUUACCUUUACCACCUCGUUUUUUAAAUUUACCUGUGAAAACUGAAGACUUCCCCAAUGUAUCGAAAAAUAAAACCCUUGACCGUGAAAAGCCUCCAGCACCAUCCCCCAUUGAAAUAACGCCUCCAGUAACGAAACAUGAAAGAUUGGAAAAAGAAAAGGAAGAAAAACCGAAGAUUGUUAAGCAGGACAAAGAGAUACCCACACCAGUUCUCACAAGUACCGUUGCACCGCCUUUAUCAUCUGCACUUGCGGCACCAGUUACGUAUCCAACACCAGUACCUAUUGUACCGUCAUUGCCUUCAAAGGGCACAAAAAACGAAAAAUUGGAUAAAAAUGAGAAGAAAUCAAAGGAACAUAAAAAGGAAAAGAAAGACAAAUUAAAGAAGAAAAAAGAUAAGAAGGAAAAACAUAAAGAGAAAACAGAGAAGGUGAAAGAAAAGAAAGAAAAAGUCGAUAAGAAAGAAAAAGUAGAAAAAGUUAAGGAGAAAAAGGAUAAAAAGGACAAACGAAAAGAAAAAGAGAAAGAAGAUAAAAAUGCUGAAGCAGUACCUAAAAUAACAUUGAAAUUAGGAACAGCUUCUCCAAGACCACCUACACCAGAUAGUACUCCAAUGAAAAAAAUGGAAAUGUGUUAUAGAACAAUAAAGACAUUAUUGAAGAAGCCUGAGGAGGAGACGAAACGGGAGCCAAGUCCAGAAUUGGCGAAAAUAUCAGCACUAGUAACGCGACCGCCAAAGCAAAAGUCGGCAAGUAAGAAAACAGAGGAGGGAAUAUUAGAUGGAAGCCCUGCUCUUCCUACAGAUACUUUCUCUGCCAGUCUUACUAGUGUGCCACUCGCAACAAUUCCUCGAGCAAAGAAAUCUCUCUUCAAAGCCUUACCUCAGAGAGAAACUCCUCCGUCUCACUUUGAUCCUGUUCCUAAGAUCCCAACUCCUCUGCCGCAACAACAACCACCGUAUUAUUUUGAUCAAGGUGGUCGUCAAGUGUGGAUAUGUCCUGGUUGCGGCAACCAGGAUGAUGGAUCACCUAUGGUUGGUUGUGAUGACUGUGACGCAUGGUAUCAUUGGGUGUGUGUCGGUAUGCAAGUACCACCAGCUGACAACGAGGAUUGGUACUGCCGUUUUUGUAUAGCCAAAAAACAAGAACUUCAUCACGAUAAGAAGAAGAAGAAAAGGAAGAAAAAAGUUAAAGUUGCAGCCUAGUACAAGCUACCCGGAUCUUGUGUAAGAUCCGGUACGGCAAUUCAAACCUCUACCAAAGUUAAAAAGAACAGCAAGCUUAGAGUGGGGAGUAUAAAAAAUAAGAAAUUAUCAAAAACUGAAAUGAAGUUACAAAUGAAAUCGUUAAAGGAAAAAACUAUACCCAUCAAGGGAAAGG